UUCAGUUCGCAUAACCUCCACCUCGAAGCAACCAUGCAUCCCCAUCUCCACACCGAAGAGAACCAAAAAAACUGCGCCGACGUCAUCGCCAUCCUCGACGAGUGCCACGCGCGCGGCUUCAUGUGGAAAGUCCUCGGCAACUGCACAACCGCAAAACACAACGUCAACAUGUGUCUCCGGGCGCAGCGGCUCGAACGCACACGGUUGAACCGCGAGGAGGCGAGGGAGAAGCGUGCAAAGAUUGAGAAGGUCUGGAAGGAGAUUGAUGAUGAGAAUUCGUGAAUGAAAGAGGGGUAGCGGUGUGGAUGGAUGGACGGGGGGGAUUGUAUGAUAUUGCGGGCUGAUGGAGAUGAGAGGGGAGGGAUAUAUAUUGGAGUUUUUUGGUGUGUGUAUGCAUGGGGAGGUUUUAUUUUUCUCUUGUCGGAGAUGUGUAUGAUAUGCGGCAUGGAUUAUCUGGGGUACUGCUCUACAUGAUGGUUGUGCUAUGUGACUGGAUGGUGUUUUUUCCCUCGGGCGGGGAUAGAAGCGAUCGAGGAUGGAGCCGUCUUCAGUUACUUGCCACAUCACUGUGAUAGAUACUUCGUGUCCGUGCUUGCUGACGGAGUCGUCUGAACGAGGUUGUAUCAUCAUUGUACAUGGCUUCGAUUCGUUGACUUGAUU